AUCCUAACAUUGCUGCUUGACUGCUCUCCCACUCCAUCCUUUCUGCUCUACUUACAUACAUCCCUGAUAAGCUGGUGUGUUAUUCUUCUGAGGUUUUGCUUCUGGCAAGAGCUGGAAAUAAGGAAAACGAAAGCUAGAAGAGAGAUCAAGAGGAGCCUGCCUGUGAGUGCCAUUCUGUGGGAAAUGCCAAAGAACCAAAUUAGCACGGUGCUGCUUGCAAAUGCUAUAGUGUUGAAGAGAAACAGCUCUGUGUGGGUACAUGGGCUUUAGCAGCUGCAACUCAGUCUAGCCUUCCAACCUUUUUGUCUUCAAGAACAAACAACAGCAAAGAAAACAAUCAGCCAUAUCUCUAGAUAUAGCCAAAUGGCAAGGUUUUCCAGCAAGAUUUGGAACUGGACUUUUUUAUGCUAUACCCUCUGUCUUUCCUGAUCCCUCCUUUGCUGUUUGCUCUUUUUAAUAUAUAUAUAAUAUAUAUAUUUACUGGUCUUCCAGUCCAGCUAUUUAUUUUAGAAUAACUUAAUUUUGAUCUGUUUCGGGACACUUGCAGUCGCCUGAAUGGACAGGGACACCUUUUCUCACGCCACCAAGUUUUUCCGCGAUUAUAGCGGCCUGCCUCGGGGUGCCAGCGGACAGCUCCACGAACAUGUGGACUACAUCGAAAAGCCAGAAAAUUUCACGUAUGCAGACUUUUUCAAGGAUUACUUGAUCCCCAAUGACCCCUGUGUUUUCUCAGCAAAGUUCACGGAGGGCUGGGGCAGCAGGAGGAACUGGGUGACACCUGAUGGGAAGCCUAAUUUUGAGUAUCUUCUGCGCACAUUUGGGGAGGCUGUAGUACCGGUGGCCAACUGUGAUGUCAAGGAAUACAAUUCUAACCCAAAGGAACAUCUUAAACUCAAGGAGUACAUAAGUUAUUGGAAGGAACACAUUAAAAAAAACUAUCGCUCGCCCCGGGGCUGCCUUUACCUCAAGGAUUGGCACCUGCACAGAGCUUUCCCAGAACAAGAUGUUUACACCACUCCCAUUUAUUUCUCAUCCGACUGGCUGAAUGAAUACUGGGAUGCCAUAGCGGUGGACGACUAUCGUUUUGUCUACAUGGGACCCAAAGGCUCAUGGACUCCAUUUCACGCGGACGUCUUCCGCUCCUACAGCUGGUCUGCCAAUAUCUGUGGGAAGAAGAAAUGGCUCGUCUUUCCUCCGGGACAAGAGGAAUUCCUACGAGACCGUCACGGCCACUUGCCAUUUGACAUCACUGCGCCUGAUCUGAAGAAGAGCCAUCUUUACCCACGCUACGCCCAAAGCAGCCCUCCGGUCGAAAUCAUACAGGAAGCCGGAGAAGUCGUCUUCAUCCCAAGUGGGUGGCACCACCAGGUUUACAACCUGGAGGACACCAUCUCCAUCAACCACAACUGGGUCAACGGGUGUAACGUGGCCAUCAUGUGGAGCUUUCUCCAGGACGAGCUCGCUGCGGUCCAGCGGGAGAUCAGAGAAUGGAAAGACAGCAUGGAGGACUGGCACCUGCAAUGCCAGGUCUUGAUGAAGUCUUACACAGGCAUCGACUACAAGGAGUUCUACAACUUACUGAAGAUCAUUGCGGAAAACCGGAUCUACGUCCUGGAAAACCACCAUCCUGAGGAAGGCGCCUCCAGGCAUUGCUACCGCGCGGCCAUCUCUGGCUUGGGCAUGCUGCAUGCCGUCUUUGACUUGAAGAGGACUGCCAAGGUCUUGACCUCUCUGAACGCCAACGAGGAAUUCAAGAAACUGAACCCCGAGAAACUUGUCCCUCCUCCUCAGGCGCUCCUCCACCGCCUGAAAGCAGCAAUAGACACAGCCCUCCUCUAGCUCCCCAAUUGAUUUUGACCACUUGCAAAAAAAAAUAA